AUUGAAAAGAGAAUAACGGUAAAUUGUUGGAAAACUUGUCAAAAUUAUAGCGCUACAUAUACACGACGAAACUUACUUACAUUCAAAAUUAUGUUGUACAAUGCAUAACAGUGUAAACUGAAACAGGGGAAGAUGAGCAAGUGUAGUGAAAUACAGUUGACGGAAAAAUCUAAGGAAGAUUUUGCAAAAUGGAAUGUUGCAGUAGAUUUACAUGCAGCUGGAAAAUUCUUAGACGCAGUUGAAACUUAUCGUUCCAUGCACGAGACCAGCGCGAGGAUAUUUUACAACAUGGCGGUUGCUUAUAUCAACCUUGAGGAUUUCAAAAAUGCAGUUACGUGUUUCACAUCUGCCGUGGAAAAAGAUGAAAAUCUUGCUGUUGCCUUUUUUCAGAGAGGAACUCUGUACCUGGAACGCAAAAAUGUUCAAGACGCCAUAUCAGAUCUGGAAAUGACCCGGAUAUUGUUGCGUGGUAACGCCUAUAUCAAUUACAAACCGUUGGGUCUAUUCUGCCAUCUUCAUGGUUUUACGAUUUUGUAUAACCUUGCUGUGGCAUAUCUUCUCGACGGAGAUGACCGCGAGUUCCGAACGCUAUUAACGGAAGCUGCGCACUAUGCUGAUUAUUUUCAACGGGAGCAUAUCACGGACACGUUCAAACUAUUUGAGGAGUUUCGAUGGCCUGACAUUAAGCCGAUAAAGGUGACAACAAUGGCAGUGUUUGCUCCACCAAAAGAAGUCACAAAGAACCUCGACCGGAAACAGCCGUCCAAAUCUAGAAAAUCUAUGGUUGUCUUUGCAUCUAACGAAAAUGACAAUACACCCUCUUUCGUUGGCUCUAAAACGGUUGACGAUCUUCGCAGAGAUCUGAAUGAAAAACGUUCCAUUGAUGGCAGAAGUGGUUCUAUAAAACAAAGGUUACUUCGGAAAAUGAAAUCUACAGGAGACAUGAAUGUUCCAUCAUAUAUAAGAGAGAACAUACCAACACCUCGGAAACAACGACAUUCAACCGGAAGUCUUCGGGUAGAUUCAGAUAUACCGUACAAAUCGUUCAAAGAAAGAAAACGAAGUAAGAAGUCUUCGCGGAAGGAGGCACGUGCGACAUCAAGUAAACGGAACAGUGAUAUUGCUGACAGUGGUGGGGAGGCUGUAAAAGAAGAUCUUCCAGAAAACGACAGAACCACACGAGAACCUUACCCAUGCAGUGCAAAAAAUGAUUGUAGUGACUGUUUUAAAAGUUCGGCUACAGUAGAUACGGAUCCAACGUAUAUUCCCAUUCAGUCAGUCGAGAAAGAUUUACAGACAGAAACACACACUGACAGUUUACUGCAGAAUGUUAGUGCUGUUAACAAGCGUCAUUUUAAAGGCAAGGCAAGAUCACUUGGGGAUAUAAAGCGCACAAAGCACAAGACAUUAAGUCAGGAAAGAAGAUCUACGGGCGACCUAGAAAAGGCUAGAAGUAAUUCUUUGUUGCCUCUAGAACGGAAGAAAAAAUCUCAUUCUUCAUUGCUGAAGCUGAUGAAAUCGAAGUCGAACAAGCAUAAUGCAGAUCAUCCAACAGUGGUAAUGGAAGGAUGUAAGGCUGUUGGAGAUUUACUAACAAUGUUGGUACCUGUUGACAGUUCUAUAAAGAACAAUGUUGAAACGUCAGAAAUAGAGACAGAAUUUGGAAAACUUGAUAUAAACAACAAUGAAAAAAGUUCUGUAAAUGUUAAGACUGCCUCUAGGUACUCACUGGGAUCUGUGUUUGGAGACCGUUCAACCGUUGUUAAAUAUGCUUUGACUGAAGCGUGUGACAUCCUUACUGCAACUGUGACACCUACAAUAGGCGCUUCUGAAGCUUCUAAACAGAAGAAAGAUGUAUCAAAACAAAGAGAUAGAGUUUUAAGAGGAUUAAAUGAACCGGAACAACAUAAAACGAAACCAAGCACAAAGAAAAGACGGGCUCCAGAACCUCCGAAGCUUAGUAUUGGGUUGCCACUGCUUGCAGCUGGCAAUCUAGUAACUGCACUUGUGCAUCAAGAUUAUGAUCAACUAGCAGAUGACGGAUCAAAGCUUAUUGAAAACACAAAAACUGUGACAUAUACAACUUAUGAUAGUACCAAUAUAAAAGACGUUAGCACGAUAGGUGCCACAAGAGAAAGACUUAGUGCAACUACCAGUUUCAGUAAUGAGUGUAGUAAAGAGGUCAAUACAGUAAGUAAUACAUCUGAACAUUUAGAAUCGGCUUUUGUAUUUCCGCCUGUUUCGAAGAACCCGAUUACACAAGACGUGAAUAACAAUACUUUGACAUCAAAGAUUGUACAAACCAAUUGCAAAGAACCCAAAACUCCAGUGUACGUCAAUGCAAGAAUGGCUACGGAAGUCGUAAAAAGAGAUGUUGAGAGUAAAGGCUCAGAAUUCGGAAUCGAAUUGGAUAAAAGUUAUCAACAAUGGAACGACUUUAUACCAUCUAAGAAAAGUAAAUUAUUUAAAUCCAAAAAGACGAAGAGACCUCCUCCAUCUUAUCCCCCACCUCCACUCAGGAUCGAUUUUCGAAAACAAUGCAAGUCUAAAAAAGUAAAGUCGAACGAAUUAACAUUAAACGGUUUCAUAGGAAAUUCUUUGCUCGCAUCUGGUAAAAUGCUUGGCGCGAUCGUUCCAGCAGCUAAAGAAGAAGAUAGUGAUGCUAGCAAUUUACGUAGACCUGAAGUGAACAUAAACAAAACAGCAGACGACAUUUCAUGCAACGAAAAUAUGGGUGAAUUGAGUCAUUUAAUGGAAGCAACAUGUAAAAUCGGGCUAGGAAAUACUGAAAAAGAGGAACAUACUUACGUGAAUAUAAGUGAAAGUUUAGGAGAAUGUCGUACAUACGUGGAUGCUGGGGACACUUGCUUAACUAGUGGCAACAGAAGCCGAAACGCACAACAGGAACCGGAAGGGAUAAGCGGGAUUCUUCGGACUUCUAGUAACAUACUACGAGCGUUUGUGACAUCUAGUCAGGACACUCGAGAAGCUUUUGAAGAAUUCGUGCACAAGCAACGAAACAACCGCACUAAACACGAGUUCUGUGGUAAACUUUUGAAUGAAGACUGUUCAAACGACAGCGAAAAUGACUAUGUAAAUAUGACUGAGCUAAGAACAUAGCUUUUAGAUACCUAACUUCCGUCUGUAACAUGUGUAGCUAUUAGAACAGUUAAUACAGCUUAUUUUUUACAAACGCAUAACUAUGUCUGUUAAUAAUUGCUUGUAUCCGUAUAUUACCAUUCUUUUAUGAAAGUUGUUGUAAAAUAUGUUUUUGUUUACUUUGAUAUAUUUCAUUCAAAAACAAAGUUAUACAUGCAUAGAUAUCUAUGCCAAUAAAAUAUUGUACAUUUAUAUCGAGUUUGUGUAAGUACGCCUGAUCUUUUUUGGCUCGACUAUUCUAGGAAUAGGUACAGUUAUUGCACUUGGUGGUAUGAUAUAUUGAAACUUCAUACACUUGUUUACUAUGAUCAUCUGACAUGCAGAGCACUUUUUGUUUUCUGUAACAAACCUUUAAAAAGUCGCCGGCAGCUCUUGUUCUGUUUCCCAGCUUGUGUACUUUUCACUUCAUUGCAUUUCAGUCUUUCAAGGUUAGAGCCUGGGCGAGCAUCCAACACAAUGAUGUUACAAUAAUAUGUGUACUAACAAU